AGUACAGUUAGCUAAGGUUUAGUCGCAGGGCGGUCAUCAUCAGUUUUUUUUGUUAAUAAAAUGAGUGGGAAAAUGCUGAUUUUCUUGUACACAAUUGUUUUUGCAGUUCUUCUAAACGAGUGUACGGGAGCUGGUGGUAGUUGCUUUUCUUCGGACGACGAUUUUGAUAUUGAUGAGUUUGAAUACGAGGGAGAUCCAAUUAAAAUAGCAUGUAUAACAGAUUCUCAGCCAGACUUUUAUAUUGCUGAAAUAAAUGGAACCAUUUCAGUAGCAUUAACUCAAGAGUUAAAUAAUGGAAAAGGUCUAUCAAUAUUUUUCCAUGCGAUUUCAAAAGUGGUCACGUCUUUCAACGGAUUGAUUCGUCAAUUUGCUAAUGAAUGGUCCCAGGCAUCCGGAAAUAAUAUUUGCAUUGUAACGUACUCGUAUAAAACCAUUCCGAAAAAUUCAAAGUCGUAUGCAAUUAUGAAUGAAAUGGUUCGAACUCGGCGGCUUGAAUAUGUGGCGAAAAUGGCACGUGACCUUGUAUACUUCGUGCGUGAAAAAGUUAGGGCGACGAAAGGGAAGAAAGGUCUAAAUAGUUUAUCGAAGGUUGAUGUUACUGGUUUUGGAUUUGGUGCACAUAUCGCUGGUCGAACUUGUGAAUAUUUGCUCAAAAAAACGGGCGAAACUGUGCAAUUACUAUUGGCAUUGGACCCCAUUAAAACUCCUCUAUUUGGAUGGAAGAUCAAGAAUUCGAUCAGAAAAGGCGAUGCUAAAUACGUUCAAGUAAUUCACACAUCCAAAAAGGCAGGAACAUGGGAUCAAAUAGGAGAUGUCGAUAUUUACGUCAAAUACGAGGUUGGACAACCUGAACGUCAAAAUGUGCUCAAUUUAAAUGAUGAUCAUUUACUCGCAUUUUUCAUACAUGUGGCAAUAUCCACGAAACGACUUUAUAUAAAAGCCGAUCUCACAGAAAAUGGAAAGGGCACCGUAUUACAAGCGGGCACAUCAUUUAAACCACCCACCAUGAAGCAGAAUGAAUUAGCAAUUGGUAUAUAUGGACAAUUGAAAGAUUAUCAACGUGGAAAAAAAUAUGGUCUUAUUUUAACAAAAGCCGUAAAAUUGGCGUUUUGGGGAGGAGUUGCCAAUUUUGCUAAAUCUGAAAUCCUUUUGGGUUCGAAAGAAAAUGGAAAUGAAAGUCCUGACAGCGAUAAAUGCAUUAUAUGCUACGAAAAUAAGAAGAAUGCGGUUCUAAAGCCUUGUAAUCAUCAACAUACGUGUGAUUCUUGUUGGAGGUCGUGGAGAAGUGAAUGGAGAUCAGAUGAAAGAUGUCCCGUUUGCAAACAAAAAGUGACAAGUUAUAUGACUGUAUACGCAUAAUUUUGUUUACUCCAAACAUUUACAGAUCACUUGGUGAUAAAAAUCACAAAAUGAAUAGUUAUUCACUGAAAUAAAAUCAAUUUAAAUUGCAA